AUGUUCGCGCUGCGACGGAGCACGACGCGGUGUGUCGCGCUGCUCCAGGUCGCGGCGGCGCUGAGCCGCGGCCGGCGGCGCCGGCCGAGCGGCCCGCGGCUGCCGCCCAAGGUCCUGCGGCGACCCGACGGCGGCGUCCCGGCCGUCGCGCGCUGCCACCCCGAGCUCUACGACGAACUGCUCAAAGAGAAGGUCGCGACGCUCGAGGCGUCGCUCCGAAGCGCCACGAGCUACGCGCCGCUACCGACCGUCGAGGUGCACGAGUCGGAGCGGGAGCACUUUCGUAUGCGCGCGGCGUUUCAGGUCUGGCACGUCGGCGACGAGCCGGACUGCUCGCGGCAUUUAGUGAUGUACGAGCAUGGUAACAGGGACCCGCACGAGAUCGACCGCUUCCCGAUGGGCUCGCGAAAGAUAAACGAGCUCAUGCCCGUGGUGCGGGAGGCGAUCCAGCCGGCGGUCUUGGGACGGAAGAUCAUCGACGUGCGGUUCCUGACGACGCAGACCGACGACGCGCUCAUUGCCUUAGCCUACAAUAGAGAUCUCAAAGGCUGCAAGGAGUUCACGACCGAGGAGUGGGAACAGGCGGCCCAGGACCUGCACCAAAAAACGGGUGCCACAAUUGUGGGGCGGUCGCGCAAGUUCAAAGUCGUCGUCGGGAGCAACGACGACACCGUGACGGAGAAACUGGAGGUAAACGGCCGCGCAUUAACGUACGCGCAGCAGGAGGGGGCCUUCACGCAGCCGAACGCCGGCGUCUGCGAGAAGAUGCUGGCCUGGGCCCACGACGCAACACUAGGAAGUGAGGGCGACCUCUGCGAGCUGUAUUGCGGCGGCGGCACCUUCACCGUCGCUUUGGCGCCGAACUUCGAGCGAGUCGUCGCGACGGAGCUGUCCAAGGCGUCCGUGGCGCUGGCCGAGCGCAACCUCGCGACGAAUUCCAUAAACAAUGUGCGCGUGGCGAGGGUCCCGGCGGAAGAGGUCGCGGGCGCGCUCAAGACGGGCACGACGCCGCGGCGGCUGCAGAACCUCGACGUCGACCUUUCCCAGAUGGGCCGGGGCUCGUUAUUUGUGGAUCCGCCGCGCGCUGGUUUGGAUGAGACGUGCUCGCAGAUCGCCGCGGGCUUCGACCGGAUCAUCUACGUGUCGUGCAACCCCGAGACGCUCGCGCGCGACGUGCGGUUGCUCGCGCCGACGCAUUCCAUAAAACGCGUCGCCGCCUUCGACCAGUUCCCGUACACGGACCACCUUGAGAGCGGCGUCGUGCUCGAGCGGCGGGCCUAAGUCGCGGCUAUGGCUGCGCGCGGCGCCAGGCGGACGCGCCGGCGCGUCGUCGCGAAGGAGCAAGUUUAAUAGUGUGUUAUUUUA